AUGUCUGCCAUGGCGCCUCCAGCCAAGAGGAAAUUCCAUUCGAGCCUGGACUCCGAGCCUCCACUGUUUAUGGCAUAUGAUGAUUAUCUGGCAAUGCACAAGCACGUAACUGUUCUAACCGACAUUAUCCAACAAAUCCGAGAUGGACUGAUUGAAGAAGGAUCCACCAAACUUGGUAAGAUAAUUGCGAAUACUUGCCAGACCACUCCCGAUCCGCCCCAACUUGGACCUCCUGUCUCAGCACUUUCUGAAGUGUUUGUCGAUGCCGUCUCUACUCCCGCUCCCUCUUCCUCUACCAAAUCGUUCGCCAAUGCUGUCCGGUUUUGA